AUGGAGCUUUGUGGGCGCCAGAAAGUCGUUCAGCGGAAAAUGGUUCUCUUAGGCGACGGUGCUUGUGGCAAGACUUCGGCGCUAAACGUGUUUACGAGAGGAUUUUUCCCCACAGUAUAUGAACCCACUGUUUUUGAGAACUAUGUCCAUGAUAUCUUCGUCGAUAAUGUGCAUAUGGAAUUGUCGCUUUGGGAUACGGCCGGUCAGGAAGAAUUCGAUCGAUUGCGCGCGCUUUCAUAUGAAGAUACCCACGUGAUUAUGCUUUGCUUCAGUGUCGACAGCCCUGAUUCGUUUGAGAACGUCGCCAGCAAGUGGGUGGAGGAAAUCUCCGAAAACUGCCCGGGUGUGAGGAUGGUUCUUACAGCACUGAAAUGCGACUUGAGGAAAGACGAGGAUCUGAACGACAACCCGAACGCCAUUACAUUCGAGCAGGGAUUGGCCAAGGCAAAAGAGAUUGGCGCGGUGAAGUACCUUGAAUGUUCUGCCGUCCAAAACCGUGGCAUCCGGGAAACUUUUGGUGAAGCCGCCAAGGUUGCCCUCGACGUCAAAACCCAAGGGUCCAAAUCGAGCAAGCAGGGAUGUGUUAUUCUCUGA